AUGUUUUCUACAUUCAACAACGAUCCAUUUUUUGCGGGUGCUGAUCCAUUUCAAGGUUUUGCAAUAGAUCAUCAUCAAUCAAAUCAUGGCAAUCGUGAUCGACAACUAGUACAAAAUCAACGAAAUAAUAAUCAAGAAUUAGAUUUAUUUAAUAAUCCAUUUUCAUUUAUGCAAAAUAUUAUGAAUAAUAUGGAACAAUCAAUGGGAACAAUAAUGAGUAGUAGCAAUUUUGGUGAACCAAAUGGUCAUGGUGUUUCAUUUAGUUCAUCAACGGUUAUGAGUAUGGAUAAUCGAAAUGGUGGACAACCAAGAAUUAUUCAAGCAACAAGAGAACAAUUACGUGGACCAGAAGGUCUUGAAAGAACACGUAGAGCUGUUCGUGAUACAGGUCGAAAUUUAGAAAAAAUGGAAAUAGCUCAUCGACUUGGUGAACGUGGACAUCGAAUUAUAAAAGAACGUGAUCCAUCAACGGGAAAAAUACUUGAAAAUCGUGAAUUUGAUCAUAUUGAUGAUGAAAAUCAAUUUGAAAACGAAUGGGUUAGCCGAGCUGAAAAAUUAGGAGUGAAAAAUCUUGGCACAACUGGUUUUAAUGCAAGUACAAAUAAUAUAUUGCCAAAGCCAUCAAUAUUUCAACGACUUCGAUCAAAAUCUCAAGGACCACAACAGUUAGCUAUUGAACCAGCAUCAUCAGAUAAUACAAAAUCGACUCGCAAAGAACGUCGAAAAAAAUAA